AUGGCAUCCUUAGAUUUGAUCAAUCAGGCUCCUGUGGGAACUAAACUCUGGAUCCUCCAUCUUGGUAUACUCGAAUGUGAUGAUGGCUGGUUCAUCCGUGCAGCAAACGCCUCCUCCCUAUCUAACCCCAAUCCCGUACACAAGCGCCGCAGACUUGUCAUGCUCGGUAUCCUUAUCGAACAUCCGACUGAAGGCCUCAUCCUAUACGAAACUGGCGGUGGAGAAGACUACCCCAAUCUCGCGGGUACACACGUUCAAGACGUCUUCUCACGAGUCGACUACGACAAGUCUAUGAAUCUUGACGAACAAAUCGCCUUGACCGGCCACAAGAUUGAAGACGUCAAGAUGGUCAUCAUAGGGCACUUGCACCUCGAUCAUUCUGGCGGCCUAGACCAUUUUAGAGGCAAAAACAUACCCGUUCACGUUCAUGAGCUCGAACUCAAACACGCCUUCUAUAGCGUCGCUACCAAGACCGAUCUUGGCGUUUACCUCCCUCAUUACCUUACUUUCGAUAUCAACUGGGUUCCCUUCCAUGGCGCAUACUAUGAGAUUGCUCCUGGCAUCAACUUGCACCAUGCACCUGGACACACACCCGGACUAACGAUCAUGCAGGUGAAUUUGAAGGAAAGCGGGACCUGGAUCUUCACGAGUGAUCAGUAUCACGUCAAGGAGAACUUUCAGGACAGUAUACCACAAGGCUGGUUAGCAAGAGAUCACGAUGCGUGGGUUAGGAGUCAUCAGAUGAUCAAGGGGUUGCAGAAGAGAACGAAUGCGAAGGUCUUGCUGGGUCAUUGUUUGGACACGAUUAAAGAAUUGGGUGUUGAAUUUGCCCCUACGACUUACAAGUGA